UUGACAGGCACCCCAGGUACAUAGGCCAGGGGAAGGCCUCGCGAGUUCCUGAGGGAGGCUGAAAUCCUCCCGUCGUCCAGGUGCGCAGGGCCUCCGCUCAAUGCCCAGUCAGGGGGCCUGCCCUUUCCUGGGGAAAACGGGGCACCCUUUGGACCUGACAAGAGGAAGCACGUGCAGGCCAGUGCGUAUCAGAUGGAGAAAAGAACUUUUUUGCAUUUCCGGAGGUGGAUCCUAGGGUCUACUUCUCUUUGGGUCUCAUCUUCUGACCACGCCCCCAGACUCUUCCUGGGGAUUCUGGGCGGGACUCAACCCUGACCACGCCCCCAGCCCUCACUGGGAGAUUCUAUGCGGGGCUCCACGCUGAUCAUGCCCCCAGACCCUCACUAGGGACUCUGGGCGGGGCUUCACCCUGACCACGCUCCCAGCCCCCUCACUGGGGGAUUCUAGGCGGGGCUCCACCCCUGACCACGCCUGCGCCCAUGUUUACAUUUUAUACAGCAAUAGCCCUAAUUAUAAGAAAAUGAAAGACAGUAAUAGCUCCCUUGACACAACGUAGCUUUUGGGAGACAGAAACGCCAAGGUUCAGAGAGUCAUUCUUACCUUCCUGGCCCCAUGGGCUGGGUGCAAGGGAGGGGAGAGGGACAGGGCGGUGUCUGUGUGUCCUGUAGGGACCAGGAGGGCUGUCUGGAGAAGGUUGGUGUCUGAGGGGAGACGGGUAUUCGUCAGGGAGCGGCUGCAGCAUUGGGGCGCCGCCCUCUCCCAGCCAUAAAAAUCCACCCUCCCUUGUACCUGUGCUCUGAAGUUAGAGAAAAGCGGUCUACGUACUCGAAUGAACAGAGGCCAUUGCUGGGAAUGGAGCUCCUCUUACGAACUUUUUUCCCCACCCCACGUCCUCUUGUGUGCGUACAAGGGUCGUGGUUUUCACGCGGAGGGCUGAGGAUCUGCUUCGCGUUCCCUCUCACUCGUGGGUACCCCACACCCGCCGUCCCUGGGGGACUCCCCGUCCCUAUCCCUCACCUCCCCACAGGAGGUGGGAUAUUUCAAGGCGGAUGCGCCACCACAUAUGGCUUCAUGUCGGCAUGGGGGUUCGAGUUGGGGGAAGAACUUUUUCCUCUGAGUCACAUCCCUUCAUUUCUUGUUUGCUUUCUAAGACAAAGUCUCAAGCAGUCCAGACUGGCUUCACACCUUCUAUGUCCCUGAGGCUGCCCUUGAAUGCCUGAUUCUCCUCCCUCCAAUUCCCCUGGUGAUAGCAAGGAGCCAUCCCACCCAGUUUAUAUUCUGUGGUGCUGGGAUAGAAGCCGGGGCCUAGGCUAGGCAAGCGCUUCGCGCUUUUUGUUUGUUUGUUUUUUUCUAUGCCGUCCUCAAACUCGACAUGCUCCUGCCUCAGCUUUCUCGGUGCUAGAAAGACAGUAAUGGGUGCUUUCUUUGAGGUGGUUCUUUUUUAAAAAAUUAAAAAAUAUAUAUAUUCAGUUUUUUUUCCGAGACAGGGUUUGUUUGUGUAGCCUUGGCUGUCCUGGACUUGCUUUGUAGAUCAGGCUGACCCCGGAUUCACAGAGAUCCCCGAAUGCUGGAAUCAAAGGCCGGUGCCACAACGUUUUAAUGACACUUCUUUACUGUGUGUUUCGGCGUGCAGAUAGGAACGUGUGGAGGUCAGGGAACAAUCAGCGAGCGUUGGUCCUCUUCUAGUAUGCAGGGCCCAGGGAGUGAAUUUCGAUCCUCAGACUUGGCAGUAGGUGCCUCUGAGGCACCUCACCUCCCCUUGCUGUCUUUUCCUUUGAUUUCUUUCAAUGUAUUUAAUUUAUUCCCGUGCGUGCGUGUACGUGGACUCGUGGGUACAGCUGUAAACACGUGGAAGUCAAAACGCUUCCUCCUUCCCCAACCAAGGAUCGAACUAGGUUUUACUCGAAAGCUGGAAACUACAUCUCCUGGCAUGCCGCGCGCGCUGCCGUGUGGACUACCGCUCCCAGCGUGCCCGGAGCCGGAGCGCAGACUACAAGUCCCGGCGUGCCCCGCGCCGCGGGCGGCGGCGCCAUCUUCCGCGGCGCGGAUUGAAUGAGCGCGCCGCACCCGGGCAGCCGAGGGGACCCGCGCGCCGCCGCCUCCGCCAUGGCGUCUGUGCCGCCCCGUGCGGGGCCUGCCACGCCGCUGUCGCCCGCGCGCCUGUCUCGGUUGCAGGAGAAGGAGGAGCUGCGCGAGCUUAACGACCGCCUGGCACACUACAUCGACCGCGUCCGCGCGCUGGAGCUGGAGAACGAUCGGCUGCUGCUCCGGAUCUCCGAGAAGGAGGAGGUGACCACGCGCGAGGUGAGUGGCAUCAAGGCCCUGUACGAGUCGGAGCUGGCUGACGCCCGGCGGGUGCUGGACGAGACGGCCCGGGAACGCGCGCGGCUGCAGAUUGAAAUGGGGAAGCUGCAGGCCGAGCUGGACGAGGCCAGGAAGAGCGCCAAGAAGCGAGAAGGUGAGCUGACGGUGGCCCAGGGCCGAGUGAAGGACCUGGAAUCCCUGUUCCACCGGAGCGAGGCGGAGCUGACCGCGGCCCUCAGCGACAAGCACAGCCUGGAGACUGAUGUGGCGGAGCUCCGGGCGCAGCUGGCGAAGGCAGAGGAUGGGCACGCCGUGGCCAAGAAGCAGCUGGAGAAGGAGACGCUAAUGCGCGUGGACCUGGAGAACCGCUGCCAGAGUCUGCAGGAGGAGCUGGGCUUCAGCAAGAGCGUGUUUGAGGAAGAGGUGCGGGAGACCCGGCGGAGGCAUGAGCGGCGCUUGGUGGAGGUGGACAGCAGCCGGCAGCAGGAAUACGACUUCAAGAUGGCGCAGGCCCUGGAGGACCUGCGCAGUCAGCACGACGAGCAAGUGCGGCUCUACCGGCUGGAGCUGGAGCAGACCUACCAGGCCAAGCUGGACCAUGCCAAGCUGAGCUCCGACCAGAACGACAAGGCAGCCAGUGCAGCGCGAGAGGAGCUCAAGGAAGCCCGCAUGCGCGUGGAGUCCCUCAGCUACCAGCUCUCAGGCCUCCAAAAGCAGGCCAGUGCUGCAGAGGACCGCAUCCGCGAGCUGGAGGAGGCCCUGGCUGGGGAACGGGACAAGUUCCGCAAGAUGCUGGACGCCAAGGAGCAGGAGAUGACGGAGGUGCGCGAUGCCAUGCAGCAGCAGCUGGCUGAGUACCAGGAAUUGCUGGACAUCAAGCUGGCCCUGGACAUGGAGAUCAGCGCCUACCGCAAGCUGCUGGAGGGCGAGGAGGAGAGGCUCAAGCUGUCCCCCAGUCCGUCCUCCCGGGUCACCAUCUCUCGGGCCACCUCCAGCAGCAGCAGCAGCGGGGUUGGCGUGUCUGCAGGGCGGGGCCGGGGCAAGCGCCGGCGCGUGGAGACUGAGGACACGCCGGCCUCACACAGCAGCAGCUCCAGCAUGAGCAGCGGCUCUCGCCUGGCACAGCAAGCCGUAGCCACGGGGGUCGUGAGCAUCGAUGAGGUGGACCUGCAGGGCAGGUUCGUGCGGCUCAAGAACGCCUCAGACAAGGACCAGUCUCUGGGGAACUGGAGGAUCAAGAGACAGGUCCUGGAUGGUGAGGACAUCAGCUACAAGUUCACGCCCAAGUAUGUCCUGCGGGCUGGCCAGACCGUCACGGUGUGGGCAGCUGGUGCAGGGGUUGCCCACAGCCCCCCAUCAACCCUCGUGUGGAAGAGCCAGAGCAGCUGGGGCUCCGGGGAGAGCUUCCGCACUGUCCUGGUCAAUGCAGAUGGGGAGGAGGUGGCCGUGCAGGCUGUGAAGCAGUCAGCGACUCAGGGGAGCGAGAACGGGGAAGAGGAGGAGGAAGAGGCGGAAUUCGGCGAGGAGGACCUUUUCCACCAGCAGGGGGAUCCGAGGACCACCUCCAGGGGCUGCAGGCUGAUGUGAAACCUGCCCACCGUCACCAUGGUCCCCAGAACCCCUGAAAUUAUUUUUUUAUGGUCCACUCUCUCACUGGUCCUUGGUACAUGUGUUAAGCGACCGUCCUUGGUACAUGACUGUUAAGCGACCGUGAGAAUGUGGGCGGGCUCUGCUGGGUUUCCUAGAGGUGGGUGUCCUUGGCCCACAGGCCUCGCCCUCCCCACCACCCCCAUGCUGUGCUCUGUCACUGUGUUGGUGUAGAGGUCUGGGCCAGGACCCUGCCUGGAUCUGGAAGGGGGGACAGGAGCAUGGCAGCUGGCUCAGGGUGGACCCUAGUGUGAAGCUGCAAGUGAUUCAAUAGUUGAGUUUUCUUUGAAGCUUUUUAAAUCAAAUCAAAUCCAGAAUCAGGUUCAGAUUAAGUCAAAUCAAAUCCAGAAGGAGGGCAGUGGGGAUCCCUAACCUGUCAGGACUUGCUGGCCCUCCACAGGGCAGACUCUCCUCAGGUUGCUGGCACAGAGGGGUCAUCGGAGACCCCUGAGGCUCCAGCUUCGGGGCCUGAGCCUGAAGGGUCUGCAACAGCCCCCAGCCUCAGGGCAUCCAGGGCCUUCUCUGGGUCCAGAUUCUAGAAUGUUCUAGUCCCUUCUAAAGUUGAGGACCAAGAAGGACACUCACAGCCAGGACAUCUCUUCCCAGUCUAAGAACUGAAGGGGACAGACCACGGGCCUGUUGCUUUAAGGAGCCAAGGCUGCGGGUUCCCAGCCAGUGGCUGCUCCCGGGAGUGUGGCCAGGCCAGGUGUACACACUGCAUGCCCUGUGCCCCACCUUGACGGCGUGACCUGGACGACUGCUUCCCUGCAACCCAGCUCCGCAGGCGCCAGGCGCCAGCCAGCCCCCACCUGUCACCCUCACCUUCCUGCCACAGACACACGGUAUUUUUUUAACGAAUAUUUAUUUUUUUACAUCAUCACGCAGCUCACUCGGACACCGCUCUUGGGUGCGUGGGUGGGGGAUUCAGGCCUGUAGCUGCCAUGAAUGGGGGUUACCUGUGACAGCUUCCUAUACUGAGCCAUGGAGGAAGGGGGUGCUGUCUCCUUUCUAGCACAACUGCUGAUAGCUCAGGCCCAUCUCCCCCAAAGCGAGAGCCCGUGGCCACAGGACUCCGAGGCCACCGACCUCCAGAACCCACCAGCCACCUCCUGCUUCUAGUUACCUCUAGUUUUCCUUAAGUGACAGGUGUUGGGUUUCUGACAGUCGCCAGGCAGGCUUGCUGCCUGGCCCAGAGGCGGGUGCCCUACAGCGCAAGCUGCACUGAGCCAGAUGGCUCCCUGGUGUUCGAGUAGGAGGGGUUGGAGUAACCCCCACAGGGACCCCUCUCUGGCCCCAGCCAGGCAAGGUGGCGCUGUGGCUGGGGAGCAGCCUGCACCACGCGCAUCGCUCAGCUCCGCAAGUUUUGUUUCUUUUCUACGAUGCAUGCCAAACGUGUGUUCUGCCUUUUCUUUUCCUCCUAUGAUUUGUAAUAUACAUUUUACGACUGGAAACUUUUGUACACUCAAAUAAACACCUUGAUUUUAA